CUCCCGCCCGCUGCUCCUCCAGGAAAGUAGAUGCUCUCCGCCGCUCUCUUCUUUAGUCCCGCCCAGCUCGGCACGUGACGCUUGAGGUGGUUGCUAGGAGACUUGUAAACGCUGCUCCAAUCGGCGGGAUCUUGCACGACUGGAAGAGGAACCAGUGAGCACCAUGGAGAUCGUCUACGUUUAUGUGAAAAACCGCAAUGAGUUUGGUCGACAAUGCAACUUUUCCGACCGGAUGGCAGAGGUCAAUGUGGACAUUCAUCCGGAUCCCUUGCUGGCUAUGAAUUUUAUUGAGAGAGACCCAAUUGAUAGGGGAAUACAGUGUGCCAGUGAUAUGUCAGAGCAUGAGAUUAACACAGAACGUUUUGAGAUGGAAACUCGGGGCAUUAACCAUUUGGAAGGUGGCUGGCCUAAAGAUGUCAACCCACUGGAAAUGGAACAGACAAUUCGCUUCCGGAAGAAAGUUGAGAAGGACGAGAACUAUAUCAACGUCAUCAUGCAGCUUGGCAGUCUGAUGGAUCACUGCAUCAAACAGAAUAAUGCCAUUAAUAUCUACGAUGAAUACUUUGAGGAAGAUGAGAUGGAAGAACUUACAGAUGAGCCUCCUUCAGCAAAAACGAUCAAUGUCUUCAGGGACCCAAAUCUUAUCAAGAGGACAGCCACUCAUCUCUCCUGGCACCCUGACAGAAGCCGGAAGCUGGCUGUAGCUUAUUCCAGCCUAGAGUUCCAGCGGAGUUCAAAAGAUAUGAGCUUUGACUCAUACAUAUGGGAUCUUGAAACCCCCAACAAACCAGAAAUGCUUAUCCGACCAUCCUCACCUCUGAUCUGCUUAGAAUACAACCCCAAAGACUCACACAUCCUAAUUGGAGGGUGCUACAAUGGACAGAUUGCUUACUGGGACACUCGAAAAGGAGGGCUGCCAGUUGAGCUGACCAUGGUUGAGCUUGGCCACCGGGACCCUGUGUAUAAUGCGAUCUGGCUGCAGUCCAAAACAGGAACUGAUUGCUUCUCUGGCUCCACUGACGGACAGGUCUUGUGGUGGGACAUCCGUAAACUUUCUGAGCCCACUGAAACACUGGUGAUGGACAUCAGUAGGAAAGGAAUCUUGGAAAAUGCUUUAGGAGCCAUUGCUCUGGAGUAUGAGCCAACCAUGCCGACCAAGUUCAUGGUGGGAACAGAGCAAGGGGUGGUGAUUUCCUGUAACCGCAAAGCCAAGACUCCUGCUGAAAAAAUUGUCUGCACUUUCAGUGGGCACCAUGGCCCCAUCUAUUCCUUGUCUAGAAAUCCUUUCUAUCCCAAGAACUUUUUGACAGUUGGGGACUGGACUGCACGCAUCUGGUCAGAAGAGAGCAAAGAAUCAUCAAUCAUGUGGACUAAGUACCAUAUGGCUUACCUCACAGAUGCAUGUUGGAGCACCAUUCGACCAGCUGUCUUCUUCACCACCAAGAUGGACGGGACCCUUGAUGUCUGGGACUUCCUCUUCAAACAGAAUAAUCCCACCCUUAACCUGAAGGUCUGUGAUGACCCUCUCUUCAGUCUGCGUUUGCAGGAUAAUGGACGUUUUAUUGGCUGUGGCUCCAAGUUGGGCACAGUGACGCUUCUAGAAGUUUCCUCUGGCUUGUGCACCUUACAGCGGAAUGAGAAGAAUCUGGCUUCAGCAAUGUUUGAGCGGGAGACAAAGCGGGAGAAGAUUCUGGAGGCCCGGCACCGUGAAAUGCGGCUGAAGGAGCGAACCAAGGCAGAGGGCAAGGAAGAGGAUGUCAAAGAGGAAGUGGAAGAGGAGAAGCCCGAGGAGACCUUAGCCCGAGUACAGAAGGAGUUCUUUGAAGUCAUUGAAGGCGAGCUCAAGCGCAGGGAGCGAGCUCGAGCCAAGCUGCAAAAAGCUGGAGGCCAGGAGCGGGAGUUUGAAGAUGAAGAUGAAGUAGCAGAGGCCCCUAAGGAGGGGAAAGAAGAAAAGGAAGAAGAGAAGGAAGAAGAGGAGGAGGAGGAGGAGGAGGAGGAAGAAGAAGAAGAAGAGUGAAGACUGAAGUUGAAGAUCCAGCAUGGAAAUUACUUAACUUGCCUUUCGGGACUUGGCUCUCACUUUUUAUCAUUUUUCUACAGAACAGACUGCAUCAAUAAAUGUAGCUGCAUUUUUAUUCCCCCUA